CCGCUGUCUACUAGAAAACAGAAUUAAUUUAGAAAACAUUCCCAAUUUCGGUCCCGAUAUCUUGCGGUCCACAAACACGUUUCCCAUAAUUUUGAGAUUUCGAGCCCCAUCGCUUCGCUCGAGUUCUCCGGCUUUGCAGUUUGCUCUGACCAAUUUGUUUUGUUGUUCGCUGAACAAAACACAGCACCUUCACAACCCGCCGUCUCCGUCGCUCGCAGUUGAUUGAGACCACCACUUGCCGAUGACUCAUCAGCAUCUCCAACUCGAAGACUCUUUUCUUAGUAAUUAUAAGCCCUCCGAGCGCCGGAUCGCGUCCGAAUUUCUCACUACUUGGCUUCCCUUCCUCUCCAGAGAUCUCUGCCCAGAUUGCACCCAACUUCUCUCGGAUCGAAUCCGCGCCCUUGAUCCAGCUGUCCAUUCUGAUGAGAAAUCAAGUUCUACACCCCCCAUAGUGAAAGACAUGCAUGGGAGUAAUGGGAAUCAGGAUGAUCCUUGUGAUACAAAUUCUCUUGGAAGUUGGAAAGAUGAAGCGGAAACAAAUUCGUUAGGGAGUUGGAAGGACAGCAUAAAUGAAGGGGCUGAAGCUGAGGGAUUACCUGAAACUUCUUCAAGUGAACCACCCUCUAAGUUAAGUUCCACUAAGACCUCAGAGCCUCGAAUGUCAUGGGCUGACAUGACUCAGGAAGAUGAACUAGAAGUAGAGGAAGAUGAGUGUGAAUCAGAAAAAAGAGUAGUCAAUGUUAAUGCGUCCACAGGGAAGUUAACAAUAUCAAAGAUUAAGCCAAAGCUGUCCAGGGAGCAGAGAGAGUACAUCAGGUUCAUGAAUGUCGGGCGGAAGAAAGAUUUUAUUUGUCUGGAGAGGUUUAAAGGAAAAUUAGUAAACAUUCUUGAAGGACUUGAGCUUCAUACUGGUAUUUUUAGUGCUGCGGAACAGAAGAGAAUAGUUGAUCAUGUUUAUGCACUUCAGGAGAUGGGGAAGAAGGGAGAGUUAAGAGAACGAACAUUUUCAGCUCCUAAAAAGUGGAUGAAGGGAAAGGGACGUGUAACUCUUCAGUUUGGGUGCUGUUACAAUUAUGCACCUGACAAAAAUGGUAAUCCUCCUGGAGUUCUUCGAAAUGAAAUUGUGGAUCCAAUACCUAGUCUCUUUAAGGUGAUCAUCAGAAGGAUGGUGAGAUGGCACGUACUUCCUCCAACAUGUGUUCCUGAUAGUUGCAUUGUAAACAUCUAUGAAGAAGGGGACUGUAUUCCUCCCCAUAUUGACAACCACGAUUUCGUUCGACCUUUCUGCACUGUGUCAUUCCUCAGUGAAUGCAAUAUUGUUUUUGGAUCAAACCUUUCUAUUGUAGGUCCUGGUGAAUUUUCUGGGCCGAUUGCAAUCCCACUGCCUGUAGGGUCUGUUCUCGUGUUAAAUGGAAAUGGAGCUGAUGUCGCUAAGCAUUGUGUACCCGCAGUCCCUACAAAGAGGAUAUCAAUUACAUUUAGAAGAAUAGAUGAUUCCAAGCGGCCAUUUGAGUAUGCUUCCGAACCGGAUUUGCAGGGAAUCCAACCAUUGCCCUAUGAAGUAAGUGAAAAUGACGUACCAACUUCUCCUGUAUCAUCAGAAAGGGAAAUAAGGAGGCAGCCAUUUACGAGGGGUAGUCAUAUGAGAACCAGGGGAUCUGGAAACCGAAGCGACACCCGUUUUGAGCCACGCAAUUCAGGUAGGGCUCAACAUAGGCCAGCAGAUAAUAGGAGGAGCAGAGUAAAUCUAGACAGCUGAAGGUUAGCAUUAUUUAACAAUCCUGAUUCAUCAUUUUUUCCACAUCAGACAGUUGAGUGUUUGUGAUAUAUGAAAGAAUCUACGAGGCGAUUGGUUGCAAGUUCUGUAUCAUCUUGGCAUAUGAAAUGUUAUUUUGGUGUGCGUACCAAGAAUUUUCCCGAGCAUAUAUUAAUACGUUUAGAUGUUCCAUAUUUGUCAUAGUCCCUCUUUAGAAUGAUGUAAACUUCGAGUCUGUGCACUCGGGAACUUCAGAUGGAUCCAGAGUACAACUGGGAGAACAGAAUCGUCAAAUAGGUCUAAGAUUACAUACAUGGUGAAUGAGAAAUAAGAGCAUAACAAUGGUUUGUUCUACAGCAUAUGGGUCGAAGUUGGAGGUACGGAAGCUGUCUUGUAAAAGAGAGUAUUUGAUUACAUGGUUUUAUGAUUUUGAAUAACUUAUAUUUAUUGUCAUAUAAUGGUUAAGGCCAGGAGAUAUACUCGUGAGAUUUUGUGUUCAUAAUAAUUUGUUGAUUGGCUUGGCUGCCCUCGUGACGAGCUGAGUAAUAUUGUUUAUUGAUGAAGACAAAAAUAUGAAUAUAUUUUAUGUUCUUUAUGGUUGGUGAAA